AUGGCCCACUUCUGUCCCAUCCCCAGCUCGCACAGCUUCCACGGCGAGCUGAAGGAAGAAGCUACCGCAGUCAUCAGCGCUGUCAACGACGCAACUCAGAAGUACGUCGGCGAGCGCGCUUCGCUCAUCACUGAAAGCGUCGAAUCGGCCAAGAACGGUACUCUUUCUCGCGCUGCGUGUUCCAUGAAGGUCUGGCAGUGCAAGGGGGCGUACUCUGAGGACGUCACAAAGAUGGUUCGGGAGCUUCACGAUCAAAUCGAACGCGCUUGCAGCCUGCAGUUGCAGCCGCCCAAGAACAAACAUUUCUUGGGGUAG